AUGACAAAAGUUUAAGAUAAUUGUUCUUAAUUUCAAAAAAAUAUGGAUAAUGAAAUAGAUCCAUUCAAAAUUUCUAAUUAAAAUGAAUUACCUGCUUUAAAUCAUAAUUAACUUAAUUAAUUAGUUAAAUUUUAUUAAGAUUCUCCUAAAAUUUACAAACACUAUUCCAAAGCAGCUGAACUCUUACAAGAUGAAAAAUCAAAAGUUAUAUAAAAAAAAUAAAAAUACUUAAUUAAAAUGAGAAAUAUAAUGCAAAUAUUACUCAAAGAGUUUAAUGAAUUAAUGACAUCAAAAAAUGUAUAAUUUGAUGAUGGCAGUGAAUAUGAAACUCCUUAAAAAUAAUCUAUGUCCCCCAAUAAGAUGAUAAAUCUUGUAGAAACUGCACGUUCUUCAAGACGUUUUCCUAUGUCUUAAACUUAAAGAAAAUACUUUUUAGCUGCAGUAACAAAAAAACUAGAUUGA